AUGGCGGCGGGCGGCGGCUUCCGGCCCUGCGCCGGCUCCCGGCCCGCCCCUCGCCCUUCGCCGCGUCCUGCGCCCGGGCCCGGCGCCAUGCACGGCCUGUGCCCGCUCCUGCUGCUCCUCGCCGCGCUCUGCCCGCCCGCCCGCGGCCGCCGCGAUGCGCCCGCCAGGAUCGGUGCGGCCGGGGAGGGACAGGGGUGGACCCGCGGAGGUGACCGGCCCCGUUCCCCAGCCGUGGUGGGCGGCGGGAUCGGCGGCUCGGCCGCCGCGUAUUUCCUGCGGCAGAAGUUCGGCCCGGGCGUGCGGCUGGACGUGCUGGAGAAGGCGGCGGUGGGCGGCCGGCUGGCCACGAUGGACGUCGAGGGGGCCGCCUACGAGGCCGGGGGGUCCAUCAUCCACCCCCUCAACCUGCACAUGAAGCACUUUGUCAAGGAAUUGGGCCUCUCAGCCGCCCCAGUCCCGGGCAGCCUCGCUGGCGUUUACAACGGGGAGGAGUUUGUGUUUGAGGAGAGCAGCUGGUACAUCAUCAACCUCCUCAAGCAGCUCUGGCACUAUGGGCUCAACCCCCUGCGCAUGUCCAUGUGGGUGGAGGACAUCCUGGACAAGUUCAUGAGGAUCUAUCGCUACCAGAUGCACGACUACGCCUUCAGCAGCAAUGAGCAGCUGGUGCACGCCCUGGGAGGGGACGACUUCAUGCGGAUGCUGAACCAGAGCAUCGACGAGGCCCUGCAGAGAGCGGGGUUCUCCCAAAAAUUCAUCAACGAGGUCAUCUGUCCGGUCAUGAGGGUUAACUAUGGGCAAGGAGUCAACAUCAAUGCCUUUGUAGGUGCUGUUUCUCUGGCUGGGGUGCAGUCAGGUCUUUGGUCUGUGAAAGGGGGGAACAAACUCGUCUGCCCCGGCCUCCUCUAUGCCUCCAAGGCUGAUGUUAUCCCCGGAACAGUUGUGUCCAUAGAGCCAAAAAUCAGACCCAGGCCCAGUGGGGAUCCCGUGAAGCUGUACCAGGUCACCUACAACACGUCCUCAGGGCUGACAGGGGACACGUACGACAUGGUCAUCAUCGCUGCUCCGCUGGGCCGCAGCAUGGCCAACAUCACCUUCAAGAACUUCGACCCUCCCGUCCCGGAAUUCCCAAAUCCCUACCACCAGACUGUCACCACCCUGGUGCACGGGCGGUUAAACACCUCUUUCUUUGGCUACCAGGACCCACAGGCCUUUCAUUUGAGCGGCAUCUUCACCACGGAGAACCCCAAGCUGUUCAUCAACAGCCUGGGGGUGGUGCACCCCGUGGGGGACGCCACUGGGGACGGGAAGCUACCGUUGGAAUCAGCCAUCUGGAAGAUAUUUUCCAACGAAGUGCUCACCAAGGAGCAGCUCACCCUGCUGUUCUCCUCGUACGACUCGGUCAAGGUGAAGUCGUGGUUGGCGUAUCCCCAGUACAGCCCUCCCGAGAAAUGCCCCCCCAUCAUCCUGCACGACCACGUGUACUACCUGAACGGGCUGGAGCGGGCGGCCAGCGCCAUGGAGAUGUGUGCCAUCGCCGCCAGGAACGCCGCCCUCCUCGCCUUCCACCGCUGGCACGGCCACUCCGACAGGAUCGACCAGGAGGGCCUGCACGAGAAGCUCAAAACGGAGCUCUGACCCCCCGGGGAGGGGGGGCCGUGGGGUUCAUUAACGCUAACGAACAGGAGCUCCCUGCUGAGCCCACCCAGGGUGUUCUGUAGAACUGUGGGAUAGGUUUGGAAAAGGCUUUUAAGGUCAUCGAGUCCAACAUCUGACAACACCACCACCAUGGGAAAGACCUUCAGGAGCAUCAAGUCCAACACCACCACCA